AAGGAAUAAGAAUGAUGAGCACCAAGUUGAAUUCUAGGUCCUUUUUUGGUCUCUUGUAAUCUCUUCUUCUCCCAGUAUCAUAAACAGGUCUAUCAAAGUCUUCACCUCAGGUGAUUCCCAGGCAUGUCAGCAGCCAAUGUUACUAAAUGCAAUGAUUACAGUUGCAUUCACCAACUGCAGUUGGUUGGAUACAGCUUGAUCUUCAUAGCAGGCUUAUGUCUCAAUGUUGCAUCCCUCUUGAUAUUCCUGUACCAUCUGAAACUCAAGUCAGUGGUGGCCAUCUACAUGUGUAAUUUGGUUGUGACUGACCUCCUUUUCACCAUAUCUUUGCCCUUCCGUAUCUACUAUUAUUUCAUGGGGGAAUGGCUCUUUGGAACUUUCCUUUGUCAAGUCUUUGGUUCUCUUUUCCAAAUAAAUAUGUACGGAAGUUGCCUUUUCCUGAUGUGUAUCAACUUGGACCGUUUUAUUGCUAUUGUCUACCCACUACGCUGGCGCCACCUCCGGCGUCCCAAAGUGGCCCGACUGCUGUGCUGUUUGGUUUGGGUGCUAAUCCUGAUGGGCUCUAUUCCAGUUGCUGUUAUCCACAAGACAACUUCAUGUACUAAACAAAAUGAAACGAUUACUUUGUGCUUUGAAAGCUUCAGUAAUGACUUGUGGCAGGAAGAACUCUUUUCUCUGGUCAUUUUAGCAGAGAUUCUUGGCUUUCUCUUCCCUCUGGCCUCUGUGACAGUCUGCUCGGUCCGAAUUUUUCAGAAAUUAUGCCAGGCUGGCAGGAUGCAGAGCCUGCGCCAAGAAAAGACCAUUCGCAUGCUUGUAGUCAAUCUGGUCAUCUUUAUCAUCUGCUUCGUACCCUAUAACACCAUUCUGGCAGCCUAUGGGAUGAUAAAAGCCAAUGUGAUUAAGACUGAACUCCACACGCGGACUUCAGUGCGCAGUGCCCUUAUCGUCACUAUGCUACUUGCAAGUAUGAACUGUACUCUGGACCCCUUGAUCUAUUAUUUCAAUACAGAAGGCUUCAAAAAUACUUUAAAGAAAAUAAGAAGAGGGCAAGCUUGGGAUUCUGAGAUGGGAACACUUCAGACUCGAGUAACCAAAGCUGAUUUUUACAAGGCAGGGAAUGCUAAGCAAGGUAACAAACAAUUCCCAGUUCAGAAUUUGAUUGCUCCCUGUGAGGGCUUGCCAUUUGCUUCCCCUAAGAUAUUCUUGAAUAGCCCCAUUGAAGACUCUGAAAUAUAGAGAUAGAGGAACUGUCAAACUGGGAACUUUUGGAAUGAAUUACCACUGCAGAAAGUAAUUGCCAGAAACAUUUGAACAAAAUAUGAACAUUUGAUGCACUAAAUACUGUAAAGGCCUGUACAGUAAGAUGAUUUCAUAUUUUGAGGACAAUUUCCAGAUAUUGAUUUUAGAUUUUCUCUUCCAUCUCCCAUUCAUCAGAGCUGUCCGAUAUUCAUAUGAAUGCUAUGAAUGAUGUGAGAUAUUUACAAUAAAAUCACUCAUUUCCAGGUUCAGUUAAA